GUAUUAUUAAAGUUUUCCAAUUGACAAUUUUCGGCUAUGACUGUCUCGUACACCGCUGAGGUGGCAACCUGCAGUCACUUCGGCUGUUUCUGGAAGCUUUUGAUGAGAUGGCGUGCGAGCAUCUACAAGAUUAUUUGGGUCGAUCUGCUGGCAUUUCUGUCCUGCUAUUACAUAACUGCGAUGGUGUACCGAUAUGCGCUCAGGAAAGAGGAUAAGCCUAUUUUCGAGGACAUUGUGAUGUACUGUCACAGCUACAGCAACCUGAUUCCGCUGUCCUUCGUGUUGGGCUUUUAUGUGGGGAUAAUCAUAGAGCGCUGGUGGAGUCAGUAUAUCACGGUUCCCUGGCCCGAUCCCUUGGCUGUUUAUGUGAGUGCCCUAGUGCGUGGCCAGGAUGAACAUGGUCGUCUGAUGAGACGCACUAUCAUGAGAUAUGUGUGUUUGGCCUUGACCAUGGUGCUAUCGAUGAUAUCGCCCGUUAUAAAGCGUCGUUUUCCCACCUAUGACCAGUUGAUCGAAGUGGGGCUGCUGAAUGCAAACGAGGCGAACAUCAUAAGGGCAAUGGACGUCAAGUUUCCCAAGCACCCCAAGUACUGGAUGCCCAUCGUCUGGGCCGCCAGCAUUGUGACAAGAGCCCGAAAGGAGGGACGCAUCUGGGAUGACUUCUCCCUGAAGUCCAUGAUCGAUGAGCUGAACAAAUUCCGAGCUGGAUGCAAUAUGCUCAUUCACUACGACACGAUCUCAGUGCCACUGGUCUACACGCAGGUCGUAACUCUGGCCGUAUACUCGUACUUCGUGGCCUCGAUUUUCGGUCAUCAGUGGAUUGAUAAGGACACCAAACACUACAACAAUGUGGUUUCUUUUUACUUUCCAUUAUUUAGUACCCUGGAGUUUUUCUUUUUCAUGGGCUGGCUGAAAGUGGCCGAAACCCUGAUUUGUCCCUUUGGCGAUGAUGACGAUGACUUUGAACUGAACUGGCUGAUCGAUCGGAACCUGCAGGUCAGUUACUUGAUCGUGGACGAGAUGCACAACGACCAUCCGCAAUUGGUGAGGGAUCAGUAUUGGGACGAGGUGUUCCCCAACGAACUGCCCUAUUUGGUGGAGGCUGAGAGGGCCGAGCAUCCAGAGGCAUCCACCGCUCGGUUGGGCAUCCCGAAAGUCGUCCACGGCCAACAAUCAGUAAAGAGCGAAGUCAGUUCGGAGAUCGAUUACACCGAGUUUGAAGAGGACGAAGCCAAUCCUGAAGUAAUGAUCCGAUUUGCCGGUCGUGCUUUUAGUUUGAGCUCCGUUUCGGUUAAGUAUUCCUCGGAAAGUCAAGACACGCUAAGUUUUGACGACAUGGGCGGCGAGGAGUUGGAAGGUGGCGAGGUGGAUUCGAGGACUCUGGGUUCUGGCAGCAAGGACGACUUCGAGCUACUGAGGGAAUCGCGAAAAAGGGAGCGAAUGAACAGGCAGCUCCAGCAGGCCGCCCUCGCCAUGGAGCUGAUGAAGGGAGAGCUGGCUUCGAAUACCGGAUCGGCAACGGGAUCGAGUCGAAGUAAUGUCCCACAAAAGAACUCGGAGGUUCAGACCGACAGGAGCUUCAUUAGCCAGCGGAAGAAGGACAAGGAUAAGGACAAGGAGACUGAUAAAUAGAAAAGGAAAAAUGUGAAUACGAACAAGAAACAGUCAAUAAUAUAA